AUGUUAUUAAUUAAUACAAUGACAUUAGCUCUUCUUUCCACUCCAAAUCAAAUAAAGGUUUAUCGAAAAGAAAUUAAACCUAUACUUGAUGAACUUCUUCAAAUAACUAUUUAUGCAUCAACUGCAGAAAAAUAUCGAUAUAAUGGUUUUCAUGUAUCUGAACCACUUGCUGUACUUGUUAAAUUAUUUAUUGAUGGUACAACUUUUGAUUAUAUUAUGAAUCAAGCACAAACUAAUCCUUCAUCAAAUCUAACUUCGACAAUUAAAUUAUUUUCAAAUUUACUUUCAUAG